UUUGCACAAAUCGAUGCUUUUGUGCAACGCUGUCGUGACCUGCUUGAAGUAUGCGAAGGCCAAAUUCAGUUUUGUCGAAAAUCUUCUGAGACACAUGGCAGACCAGGGUCGCUACCUCGGUUUGGGGGCACGCGCGGCCACGAGAUUACGAAGGCGUUGAUCGAAAUACAGGACCAAUUCGAGCAGCAGAUCGACCGUCUACGUAACCUUGACUACGAGAUUUUAGAUGUCAAGACAAGCCAUUGGCACGACGACUACAACGUGUUCAAAAAUUCCGUGAAAGAUCUCGAGGUGAUGUACACCAAUGUGAUGAACACUGCAUUUGAAGGGGUCACGCGCGUCUCUGAGGCUGUAGCGGUUCUGGAGAUUUUCUAUUCCCUUGCAAAGCGAGAUGCUAUCCAGCGCUGCGUCGAGAAAAAAACAGUCGAUAUGUACAUGCUCUUUAUUCACACGGUCGAA